AUGACUGUAUUCUCGACAGUGAAAUACUACCGGGUUACAACAAAUUUUGCAAAGAUCGAACGAACAAGAUUUGGUGGUGGCGUUUUAGUCAGCAUUAAGUCAGACUUGCAAGCCUCGCACCGGACAGAUCUUGAAAGACCAAACUGCAAGCUUGUUGUUGUACAACUUAAACAAACGAACAGUAAACCAGUGACCCUAUACACCUUCUAUCGUCCACCUAAUGUUGCACCUGAUGCCUUGCACAAACUGAAUGAUUCACUCCAAAGUAAGUCAGAAAAUGAUGACAUUGUAGUUGUAGGAGACUUUAAUCUUCCGGGCAUGACAUGGUCUGAGGAUCACACAAUACCAAUGAACUGA